UUCUAUUAUUUUAAUAGCCUGAAAAAGUUAUCUUGGCUUUGUGAAAUUCAGCAUUUCACAAGGAAAUGGCUAUCGGGGGUGGGCUUAAAGAAGAGUCUGGGGAAAGGGGAAAGGACAAUAGAGAUAUCUUUGGGAAAAAGAGGCUUGGAACUCACAUCACACUUGGUUUUCUUUGAGUAAGGUCCUACCUGGCAGUUGACAUUCCAAGGUAGAGUUAACCCUGCUAUCCCACUUUUUCUAGUGGGAGAAAAAUCUAAAUAUAAGCUGAGGAACCACAUCAAGAGGCAGUGCCGUAGGGCUACUGAUUCUGGAUAUAAUACUUGUCCACAUCUGCUUCAGGAGGAAAGUGCCUGCUGCAGGUUCAUGCCAGCCCAGAACAGAGAAUCAGGAUUACAAGUGUUGAUCACCAGCCCGCCAAGAUGAACAUGGUGAAGAGGAUCAUGGGGCGCCCACGGCAGGAGGAGUGCAGCCCACAGGACAACGCCUUGGGCCUGAUGCACCUCCGCCGGCUCUUCACUGAGCUGUGCCAUCCUCCUCGGCACAUGACUCAGAAGGAACAAGAGGAGAAGCUGUACAUGAUGCUGCCAGUGUUUAACAGGGUCUUUGGAAAUGCUCCACCAAAUACAAUGAUAGAAAAAUUUUCUGAUCUUCUGCAGUUCACAACACAAGUCUCACGAUUGAUGGUGACAGAAAUUCGAAGGAGAGCAUCAAACAAAUCUACAGAAAAUCAUUGUGCCACGCUGUCCUCCGUGGAUUUCAAAGCCACAACACCUUCAGAGGCUGCAAGUCGGGCUAUCGUCCAGUUCCUAGAAAUCAAUCAGAGUGAAGAAGCCAGUAGAGGCUGGAUGCUUCUGACAACAAUUAACUUGUUAGCAUCCUCUGGUCAGAAAACCGUGGACUGCAUGACAACGAUGUCAGUGCCUUCCACCCUGGUUAAAUGUUUAUAUCUGUUCUUUGACCUUCCACAUGUGCCUGAGGCAGUUGGAGGUGCACAGAACGAGCUACCUCUAGCAGAACGUCGUGGACUACUCCAGAAAGUUUUUGUACAGAUCUUAGUGAAACUCUGCAGUUUUGUUUCCCCGGCGGAGGAGCUGGCUCAGAAAGAUGAUCUCCAGCUUUUAUUCAGUGCAAUAACCUCUUGGUGCCCGCCUUAUAACCUGCCUUGGAGGAAGAGUGCUGGAGAAGUCCUUAUGACCAUAUCCCGUCACGGUCUUAGUGUCAAUGUAGUGAAGUAUAUCCAUGAAAAAGAAUGUUUAUCUACGUGUGUUCAGAAUAUGCAGCAAUCAGAUGACCUAUCUCCCCUUGAAAUUGUUGAAAUGUUUGCUGGGCUUUCUUGUUUCCUCAAAGAUUCCAGUGAUGUUUCCCAAACUCUUUUGGAUGAUUUUCGGAUAUGGCAAGGAUAUAUUUUCCUUUGUGACCUCUUGCUUAGAUUGGAACAAGCAAAAGAGGCAGAAUCCAAAGAUGCCUUGAAAGAUCUGGUUAAUCUGAUAACGUCCCUAACAACCUACGGUGUCAGUGAACUGAAACCAGCUGGUAUUACCACAGGGGCACCCUUCUUAUUGCCUGGAUUUGCAGUGCCUCAGCCUGCAGGCAAAGGUCACAGUGUGAGAAAUGUCCAAGCCUUUGCAGUUCUUCAGAAUGCAUUUUUAAAAGCAAAAACCAACUUCCUUGCCCAGAUCAUCCUUGAUGCCAUCACAAAUAUUUACAUGGCCGACAAUGCCAAUUAUUUCAUCCUCGAGUCACAGCACACAUUGUCACAGUUUGCAGAGAAGAUUUCUAAACUCCCAGAAGUGCAAAGCAAAUACUUUGAGAUGUUAGAGUUUGUUGUUUUUAGCUUAAAUUAUAUCCCUUGUAAAGAACUUAUUAGUGUUAGCAUUCUCUUAAAAUCUAGCUCUUCUUACCACUGUAGCAUUAUUGCAAUGAAAACGCUCCUGAAGUUUACACGACACGACUACAUAUUUAAAGAUGUGUUCAGGGAGGUGGGCCUUCUGGAGGUCAUGGUGACCCUUUUGCACAAGUAUGCUGCCCUCUUGAAGGAUCCAACUCAGGCACUAAAUGAACAAGGGGACUCAAGAAAUAAUAGUUCAAUUGAAGACCAAAAACACCUAGCUUUAUUGGUUAUGGAGACCUUGACAUUGCUUCUUCAAGGAUCUAACACAAAUGCAGGAAUUUUCCGAGAAUUUGGAGGUGCAAGAUGUGCACAUAAUAUAGUGAGGUACCCCCAAUGCCGGCAGCAUGCCCUGAUGAUUAUCCAGCAGCUGGUGCUCUCUCCAAAUGGGGAUGAUGACAUGGGCACGCUUCUGGGGUUAAUGCAUUCAGCCCCACCCACAGAACUGCAGUUGAAGACUGACAUUUUAAGGGCCCUCCUGUCAGUUCUUCGAGAAAGCCAUCGGUCAAGAACAGUUUUUAGGAAAGUUGGAGGGUUUGUGUAUAUAACAUCCUUGCUUGUUGCUAUGGAAAGAUCUUUGAGCUCGCCACCGAAGAAUGGCUGGGAGAAAGUGAACCAGAACCAAGUAUUUGAACUUCUCCACACUGUGUUCUGCACCUUGACUGCAGCAAUGCGCUAUGAGCCAGCCAACUCUCAUUUCUUCAAAACAGAGAUUCAGUAUGAGAAAUUGGCAGAUGCUGUUCGAUUUCUUGGCUGCUUCUCAGACCUAAGGAAAAUAAGCCCCAUGAAUGUCUUUCCCUCAAAUACACAGCCAUUUCAGAGACUUUUAGAGGAAGACAUAACUUCGAUGGACUCUGUGUCACCCACUUUACAGCACUGCAGUAAACUCUUUAUUUAUCUCUACAAAGUAGCCACAGAUUCUUUUGACAGUCGUGCAGAACAGAUCCCUCCUUGCCUGACAAGUGAGUCUUCUCUCCCCUCUCCCUGGGGCACACCAGCUCUGUCCAGGAAAAGGCAUGCAUACCAUUCUGUUUCAACUACCCCUGUGUACCCUCCUAAAAAUGACCUGAAACUACAUGUGGCAACUUCCUCUCUCCAGAGUUCUGACGCUGUCAUCAUCCAUCCGGGAGCCAUGCUGGCCAUGCUGGACCUCCUGGCCUCUGUGGGGUCAGCGGCACAGCCAGAACAUGCUUUGGACCUCCAACUUGCCGUGGCGAAUAUUUUACAAAUCCUGGUGCACACAGAGAGAAACCAGCAGGUCAUGUGUGAGGCCGGACUUCACGCACGCCUGCUGCAGCGGUGCAGCGCCGCCCUGGCUGACGAGGACCACGCGCUGCAUCCACCCCUCCAGCGGAUGUUUGAACGAUUGGCCUCCCAGGCUCUGGAGCCCAUGGUGCUGAGGGAGUUUUUGCGUUUGGCAAGUCCAUUAAAUUGUGGUGCCUGGGACAAAAAACUGCUAAAACAAUAUAGAGUCCACAAACCAAGUUCACUGAGUUAUGAACCAGAGAUGAGAAGUAGUCUAAUCAUGUCUAUGGAAGGUCUGGGUUCUGAUAAUGUUUUCAGCUUACAUGAAGAUAACCACUAUCGGAUUAGCAAGAGCCUGGUAAAAUCUGCAGAAGGAAGCACUGUACCCCUGACCAGGGUAAAGUGUCUGGUCUCCAUGACAACUCCACAUGACAUCAGACUUCAUGGGUCAUCAGUUACUCCAGCUUUUGUUGAAUUUGACACAUCCCUUGAAGGGUUUGGCUGCCUGUUCCUGCCCAGUUUGGCCCCUCAUAAUGCCCCUACAAACAGUACUGUUACAACAGGUCUUACUGAUGGGGCUGUGGUCAGCGGCAUUGGUUCUGGUGAAAGAUUCUUUCCUCCUCCCUCUGGCUUAAGCUACUCUACCUGGUUUUGUGUUGAACAUUUUAGUUCUCCUCCAAAUAACCAUCCUGUCAGAUUUCUGACUGUUGUGCGCCGAGCAAAUUCUUCUGAGCAGCAUUACGUGUGCCUUGCAAUAGUUUUGUCAGCAAAAGACCGAUCUCUGAUUGUUUCCACCAAAGAGGAGCUACUCCAGAACUAUGUUGAUGAUUUUAGUGAAGAAUCCUCUUUUUAUGAGAUUCUCCCAUGCUGUGCUCGAUUUCGAUGUGGAGAACUAAUAGUCGAGGGGCAGUGGCAUCAUCUGGUUCUGGUGAUGAGCAAAGGCAUGCUCAAGAACAGCACCGUGGCCCUCUACAUCGAUGGACAGCUUGUCAGCACUGUGAAGCUUCAUUAUGUUCACAGUACACCUGGGGGUUCAGGUUCCGUAAAUCCUCCUGUGGUCAGCACAGUCUAUGCAUACAUUGGUACUCCACCUGCCCAACGCCAAGUUGCUUCGCUGGUUUGGCGACUAGGACCCAUACAUUUUUUGGAAGAAGUUUUACCUCCUUCAAGUGUCACUACCAUUUAUGAACUAGGACCAGAUUAUGUUGGAAGUUUUCAGGCUGUAUGUAUGCCAUGUAAAGAUGCAAAAUCUGAAGGCAUAGUGCCAUCUCCUGUGUUAUUAGUGCCAGAGGAAAAGGUGUCAUUUGGCCUCUAUGCACUCUCCGUGUCUUCCCUGACAGUGGCAAGAAUCCGGAAGGUGUACAACAAGUUGGACAGCAAAGCCAUCGCUAAGCAGUUAGGCAUUUCCUCCCACGAGAAUGCCACUCCUGUGAAGUUGAUACACAAUGCAGCAGGACAUCUCAAUGGGCCUGCACGGACAAUUGGGGCCACUCUGAUUGGAUACUUGGGAGUAAGAACAUUUGUCCCUAAGCCUGUUGCCACUACUUUGCAGUACAUUGGGGGAGCUGCAGCCAUCCUGGGCCUGGUGGCCAUGGCUUCUGAUGUGGAGGGGCUCUAUGCAGCAGUCAAGGCCCUGGUUUGUGUGGUCAAGAGUAACCCACUGGCCAGCAAAGAGAUGGAAAGAAUCAGGGGCUACCAGUUGCUGGCAAUGCUACUUAAGAAGAAACGUUCCCUUCUUAAUAGCCAUAUUCUCCAUCUAACUUUUUCCUUGGUGGGAACUGUUGACAGUGGACAUGAGACCUCCAUUAUUCCCAAUUCAACUGCUUUCCAGGAUCUACUUUGUGAUUUUGAAGUAUGGCUUCAUGCACCAUAUGAACUUCAUCUUUCCUUAUUUGAACACUUCAUUGAACUGCUCACAGAGUCCAGUGAAGCUUCCAAGAAUGCCAAAUUAAUGAGGGAAUUCCAGCUAAUCCCAAAGCUGCUACUGACUCUUCGAGAUAUGUCUUUAUCCCUGCCUACCAUUGCUGCUAUUAGUAAUGUGCUGAGCUUCCUACUGCAAGGUUUUCCUAGCAGCUAUGAUCUGCUCAGGUUUGGCCAGUUUAUUUCUUCUACUUUACCAACCUUUGCAGUUUGUGAGAAAUUUGUCGUUAUGGAAAUAAACCAUGAAGAGAAGCUUGACACUGGAACUGAAGAAGAGUUUGGAGGCCUUGUGUCUGCUAAUCUUAUACUUUUGAGGAACAGACUUCUAGAUAUCUUGCUAAAACUAAUUUACACAUCUAAAGAAAAGACAAGCAUUAAUUUGCAAGCCUGUGAAGAACUGGUCAGGACCCUGGGUUUUGACUGGAUUAUGAUGUUUAUGGAAGAGCACUUGCAUCCCACCACAGUCACAGCAGCCAUGAGGAUUCUUGUUGUCCUGCUGAGUAAUCAGUCUAUUCUUAUCAAGUUUAAAGAAGGACUCAGUGGUGGAGGGUGGCUGGAACAGACAGACUCGGUCUUAACAAAUAAGAUUGGAACUGUAUUAGGAUUCAAUGUGGGCAGGAGUGCUGGUGGAAGGUCAACAGUCAGAGAGAUUAACCGGGAUGCUUGCCAUUUUCCUGGUUUUCCAGUCCUUCAGUCAUUCCUUCCUAAGCACACUAAUGUCCCUGCCCUCUAUUUCCUGCUCAUGGCAUUGUUCCUGCAGCAGCCAGUUAGUGAGCUGCCAGAGAACCUGCAGGUCAGUGUGCCUGUCACCAGCAGCCGAUGUAAGCAGGGUUGCCAGUUUGAUUUAGAUUCCAUUUGGACAUUUAUCUUCGGAGUUCCUGCCUCCAGUGGAACUGUGGUCUCUUCCAUUCAUAACGUGUGCACUGAAGCUGCUUUCUUAUUGCUGGGAAUGCUCCGCAGCAUGCUGAACUCACCAUGGCAGUCAGAAGAAGAGGGGUCUUGGCUCCGAGAAUAUCCUGUGACCCUAAUGCAGUUCUUCAGAUACUUGUAUCACAACGUCCCGGACCUGGCCUCCAUGUGGAUGAGCCCCGACUUCCUGUGUGCACUAGCAGCCACCGUCUUCCCCUUCAACAUCCGCCCUUACUCGGAGAUGGUGACAGACCUCGAUGAUGAAGUUGGGUCUCCAGCGGAAGAAUUUAAAGCCUUUGCAGCCGACACAGGGAUGAACAGGAGCCAGUCUGAGUACUGCAACGUGGGGGUCAAGACAUAUCUGACCAACCACCCCGCUAAAAAGUUUGUUUUUGACUUCAUGCGGGUUUUAAUAAUAGAUAACCUGUGUCUCACCCCUGCGAGCAAGCAGACGCCACUAGUUGAUCUUUUGCUGGAGGCUUCCCCUGAAAGAUCUACAAGAACUCAGCAAAAAGAAUUUCAAACUUACAUUUUGGAUAGCGUGAUGGACCAUUUGCUUGCAGCUGAUGUGUUACUAGGGGAAGAUGCAUCUCUACCUAUUACCAGUGGAGGAAGCUACCAGGUAUUGGUGAACAAUGUGUUUUAUUUCACACAACGUGUGGUGGACAAACUUUGGCAAGGCAUGUUCAACAAAGAAUCUAAACUUCUUAUAGAUUUUAUAAUUCAACUAAUUGCACAGUCAAAGAGAAGAUCCCAGGGACUGUCCCUGGAUGCGGUCUAUCACUGCCUCAAUAGGACGAUCCUGUACCAGUUCUCACGGGCACACAAAACUGUUCCACAGCAAGUAGCUCUCCUUGAUUCCCUCCGGCUCCUGACUGUGAACAGGAACUUGAUCCUGGGGCCUGGGAACCAUGACCAGGAAUUCAUCAGCUGCCUGGCUCACUGCCUUAUAAAUCUGCAUGUUGGAAGCAAUGUGGAUGGAUUUGGACUGGAAGCAGAAGCCCGCAUGACUACCUGGCACAUUAUGAUCCCCUCUGACAUUGAGCCAGAUGGUGGAUACAGCCAAGAUAUUAGUGAAGGGCGACAACUUCUCAUAAAAGCUGUCAAUAGAGUUUGGACUGAAUUGAUACAUAGUAAGAAACAAGCCUUAGAGGAGCUUUUCAAAGUCACUCUCCCUGUGAAUGAAAGGGGCCACGUGGACAUAGCAGUAGCAAGGCCGCUCAUUGAAGAAGCUGGUUUGAAGUGCUGGCAGAAUCAUUUGGCCCAUGAGAAGAAAUGCAUCAGUCGCGGAGAGGCGUUAGUGCCCACCUCUCAGUCCAAGCUGUCCCGCGUGAGCAGUGGCUUCGGUCUCUCCAAGUUAACAGGAUCAAGAAGGAAUCGGAAGGAGAGUGGUCUCAGUAAACACAGCCUUUCUACCCAGGAGAUUUCUCAGUGGAUGUUUACACAUAUCGCUGUUGUUCGUGACUUAGUAGACACACAAUAUAAGGAACAUCAGGAGCGUCAGCAAAAUGCCUUGAAGUAUGUGACUGAGGAGUGGUGCCAAAUCGAGUAUGAACUGCUGCGGGAGCGAGGGUUGUGGGGUCCCCCCAUCGGCUCCCACCUAGAUAAAUGGAUGCUGGAGAUGACAGAAGGGCCCUGCAGAAUGAGAAAGAAAAUGGUGCGAAAUGAUAUGUUUUAUAACCAUUACCCUUAUGUGCCAGACACCGAACAAGAGGCAAGUGUGGCGUCUGAGAUCCCAAGUAAACAGCCUGAGACUUCUGAUGAUAUCAUUCCUCAAAAGAAACCUGCUAGGUACAGAAGAGCCAUAAGUUAUGACAGCAAAGAAUACUACAUGCGACUAGCCUCUGGCAAUCCCACCAUUGUCCAAGAUGCCAUUGUAGAGAGUUCAGAAGGUGAAGCUGCUCAGCAAGAGCCAGAGCACGGUGAAGACACUAUUGCCAAAGUCAAAGGUCUGGUCAAGCCUCCUCUGAAACGGUCCCGAUCUGCACCUGAUGGAGGCGAUGAGGAGAACCAGGAGCAGUUACAAGACCAGAUUGCUGAGAGUGGCUCUAUAGAAGAGGAGGAGAAAACGGACAACGCCACCCUACUUCGCCUCCUAGAGGACGGAGAAAAGAUCCAACACAUGUACCGUUGUGCUAGAGUCCAGGGCCUGGAUACCAGUGAGGGGAUGCUUCUCUUUGGUAAAGAGCAUUUUUAUGUGAUUGAUGGAUUUACAAUGACAGCAACAAGGGAAAUAAGAGACAUUGAAACUUUACCUCCAAAUAUGCAUGAGCCAAUUAUUCCUAGAGGAGCCAGGCAAGGCCCCAGCCAGCUCAAGAGAACGUGCAGCAUUUUUGCGUAUGAAGAUAUCAGAGAGGUACAUAAAAGGAGGUAUCUUCUGCAGCCUAUUGCUGUGGAAGUUUUCUCUGGAGAUGGACGGAAUUACCUCCUUGCUUUUCAGAAAGGAAUUAGAAAUAAAGUCUAUCAGAGGUUUUUGGCUGUAGUUCCAUCUCUAACUGACAGUUCCGAGUCUGUGUCUGGGCAAAGACCAAAUACAAGUGUGGAGCAAGGGUCUGGAUUGCUUAGUACUUUGGUUGGAGAGAAGUCUGUCACUCAGAGAUGGGAGAGAGGUGAAAUCAGCAACUUCCAGUAUUUGAUGCACUUGAACACUUUGGCCGGCAGAUCGUACAAUGACCUCAUGCAAUAUCCUGUGUUUCCUUGGAUCCUUGCAGAUUACGACUCAGAGGUAAAUCUCGAGUCAUUUGGUGAGGUCGAUCUUACUAAUCCCAAGACAUUUAGAAACCUGGCGAAGCCAAUGGGAGCACAGACAGAUGAACGAUUAGCUCAAUAUAAGAAGCGAUAUAAAGACUGGGAAGACCCUAAUGGAGAAACUCCAGCCUACCACUAUGGGACCCACUAUUCAUCUGCCAUGAUUGUGGCUUCAUACCUAGUGAGGAUGGAGCCUUUUACACAGAUAUUCUUACGGCUGCAGGGAGGCCACUUUGACCUGGCUGACCGGAUGUUCCACAGUGUGCGGGAGGCCUGGUAUUCAGCAUCCAAGCACAACAUGGCAGACGUAAAAGAACUGAUCCCAGAGUUUUUUUACUUACCAGAAUUCCUGUUCAAUUCCAACAACUUUGAUCUGGGCUGUAAACAAAAUGGCACCAAGCUUGGAGAUGUUAUCCUCCCACCCUGGGCCAAAGGGGACCCCCGAGAAUUCAUCAGAGUCCACCGAGAGGCUUUGGAAUGUGAUUAUGUGAGUGCCCAUUUGCAUGAAUGGAUUGACUUAAUCUUUGGCUACAAACAGCAAGGCCCUGCCGCAGUAGAAGCUGUAAACGUCUUCCACCAUCUGUUUUAUGAGGGUCAAGUGGAUAUCUACAACAUAAACGACCCACUGAAAGAGACAGCCACAAUAGGGUUUAUCAACAACUUCGGUCAGAUUCCUAAACAGCUAUUUAAGAAACCUCAUCCACCAAAGCGAGUGAGGAGUCGGCUCAAUGGAGACAAUGGGGGAGUCUCUGUCCCUCCAGGCUGUACAGGUGACAAGAUCUUUUUCCAUCAUCUAGACAACUUGCGGCCUUCUCUGACACCUGUCAAAGAACUCAAGGAGCCUGUGGGACAAAUAGUGUGCACAGACAAAGGCAUUCUGGCAGUAGAACAGAACAAGGUGCUUAUCCCACCUACCUGGAACAAAACCUUCGCCUGGGGCUACUCAGACCUCAGCUGCAGGCUGGGAACCUAUGAGUCAGACAAGGCCGUGACUGUCUAUGAAUGUUUGUCUGAGUGGGGCCAGAUUCUGUGCGCCAUCUGCCCCAACCCCAGGCUGGUCAUCACAGGUGGAACAAGCACCGUUGUGUGUGUGUGGGAGAUGGGCACCUCAAAAGAAAAGGCCAAGACCCUCACUCUCAAACAGGCCUUGCUUGGCCACACCGACACCGUCACGUGUGCCACAGCUUCAUUUGCCUAUCAUAUCAUCGUCAGCGGGUCCCGUGACCGAACCUGCAUCAUCUGGGAUCUGAACAAACUGUCAUUCCUAACCCAGCUCCGAGGCCACCGAGCUCCGGUUUCUGCUCUUUGUAUCAAUGAAUUAACAGGGGACAUUGUGUCCUGUGCGGGCACCUACAUCCACGUGUGGAGCAUCAACGGGAACCCCGUCGUGAGUGUGAACACCUUCACGGGGAGGAGCCAGCAGAUCGUCUGCUGCUGCGUGUCUGAGAUGAACGAGUGGGACACCCAGAAUGUCAUAGUCACAGGACACUCGGAUGGGGUGGUCCGGUUUUGGAGGAUGGAGUUUUUGCAAGUUCCUGAAACACCAGCUCCAGAGCCCACAGAAGCCCUGGAAAUGCAGGAAGACUGUCCAGAAGCACAAAUAGGACAGGAAGCCCAGGAUGAGGACAGUAGCGACUCAGAUGCUGAUGAGCAGACCGUCAGCCAGGAUCCCAAGGAUGUGCCCAGCCAGCCCCCCAGCACCAGCCUCAGGCCCCGGGCAGCCUCCUGCAGAGCCACGGCCGCCUGGUGCACCGACAGCGGCUCCGAUGACUCCAGGCGCUGGUCUGACCAGCUCAGUCUGGAUGAGAAAGAUGGCUUCAUAUUUGUGAACUAUUCAGAGGGCCAGACCCGAGUCCACUUGCAAGGUCCCCUUAACCACCCUCACCCUCACCCCACUCCCAUGGAAGUUCGGAAUUACAGCAGAUUGAAACCUGGGUACCGGUGGGAGCGGCAGCUGGUGUUCAGGAGUAAGCUGACGAUGCACACGGCCUUUGAUCGGAAGGACAACGCGCACCCCGCAGAGAUCACGGCCCUGGGCGUCUCCAAGGAUCACAGUAGGAUCCUGGUGGGUGACAGUCGAGGCCGGGUGUUCAGCUGGUCUGUGAGUGACCAGCCUGGCCGCUCUGCUGCCGACCACUGGGUGAAGGAUGAAGGCGGGGACAGCUGCUCGGGCUGCUCGGUGCGGUUUUCUCUCACAGAAAGACGGCACCAUUGCAGGAACUGCGGCCAGCUCUUCUGCCAAAAGUGCAGUCGGUUUCAAUCAGAAAUCAAACGCUUGAAAAUCUCAUCCCCAGUGCGAGUUUGUCAGAACUGUUACUACAACUUACAGCAUGAGAGGGGUUCAGAAGAUGGGCCUCGGAACUGUUGAAGAUUCCAAGCUGACUGGAGACCACGGCUGUAGACCCUCCCGGCUCCCCGCCCCACUCGGAAAGGCAUCAGAUCGUCUCCGUUUACACAUCGCUCACACCAUGCUCGGAGUACUGAAUUCAAAGGGAUCAUUGGAUAAACGGGUGAAAAAUACGGUAACGGGACAGACACUGUUCUGGUGACCAGCACAAGAAGAAUAGGAGGUGGUUCUUAGGAGCAACAUUGUCAAUAUCCGCUUCUCCCUGUUAACAUCACUGUCUCCAAGGGGAAAUCCUCACUUAGUCACUGUUUGUUU